GGUUUGCAGAAAAUACGGAGAAAAUAGUGAUAGACGCAAAAAAAAACAAAGAAGUCAACGGGUGUUCAUAUUGGCAUUAAGAUUCAAAUUAAACAGCAAGACGUGGUGAACGGAAAAAGACAGAAAUAUUGCAAAAACAAAGAAACCAAGAAGUCUUGAAAAGAUGACUUCAAUGCGGUUGCAGCUUAACUUUAUUAUCCUCACGUUAUGCUGCAUGCAAAGCUCAGGUGAUAGAAUCUCCUUGCCCACACAAAAACAAUUGGCCACCAUUUUGGCUUCGAUGGAUAACUCCACGGAUGCUUGUGAGGAUUUCUAUACGCAUGCCUGUGGCAAUUGGGCCGAACAACAUGCUAAUGAGGAUUAUGGCAUAUCGAAUAUGAUGCAGACCAUAUAUGUGAAUGAAAUCGAUGAUGUGAUGCUUAAGGAAUAUCCCAUGGAUCAACAACAAUUCUGGAGGGCACAACAAAAUGUCACCGAGAAAGCUUUGGCCUAUUACUACUCGUGUUUCAGAAUAAAAGAUUCCCUGAAUGAGUUCAAAUUUCUGGAUUUGGUUAAGCCAGGUCCCCGAGAUGAAUGGCCCUUGCUGGAGGAGGCGAAAUUGAGAAGGAAAGCGGCAAACAGAUUUACUUGGACUCCGACGGAAAAUUUCAAUCUCUUUGCCUUGGUGGGUGAGCUUAAUGGCUAUGGGAUUAACAACGAGUUAAUUAAGACAAUUUCAUUGUAUUUGGAAAAUGGCACCUUGGUGACGAUAUUGGCCAAACCCGAUUUGGCCGGAAUUGAUGUGGACGAAAUUAAAGUUGUUGUAGAGGAGAGUGGAGUGCGCAAAAUUGCCGUUAAUCGUUUGGUUAGGGAGAUUCAGCAGACCCAUGAUUAUUGGCAGGCGGUUUAUAAAAAUUUCACCAAAACCGAGAAACAAGAGACUGAAGAUGGGGAGGAUGAUGAUGAUGAUGAUUUGACCUUCAGCUAUGAGGAGCUGCAAAAAGAUUCUCCCAGACUUUAUGCCUUCAUUAGCAAAGCCAUACCCUUGCAACUGAGAGACGAAGCCUCAGUGGUGGGCCUUACUGAUGUCAAGUAUUUCAAGUCUCUACUCGCCAAACAAUGGCAGCAGGAGGAAGUGCGCAAGCUCUGCAAUUAUCUUAUGGUCAAAUUCGUAUUAAGCCUAAAGCGAGCCCAUGGCUAUGGCUGCAAUAUCAGUGUGGUCAAUCACAUGCCCUUUGCCUUUCAUGCCCUCUACUACCAGCAUCGUUUUCUGCCCUAUGCCAGUGACUUUAAUCGCGACAUUAAUGCCAUGACCCGCAAGAUUUUCAAAUAUAUUAUGGAAAUCAUAAAUGAGAAUCAUUUGAAAAUGACUGCCAAGCAAUUGAGAACCAUGCGCAAGAGAUUCCAACAAAUGUCCAUAAAUUUGGGUAAUCUACCCACAGACAUGAACUAUGAGAUUUUGGAAAAAUUAUAUAGCGAUAUACCCGAUUUGGAUGUCAACAAUUACUAUGAAAAUCAUUUGAAAGUUAAACGUCACAAUGUAUUGGAACAAUUGGCCUGUCCUUCGAAUCUUAGCUGCCGCGAUGAUCCCGACCACAUACCCUACUAUGAGCGCUUGAGCAAUAUGAUGACCAUACCUUUUGGCACCCUUAAGCCUCCCAUGUAUGACAUCUCCUUUGAUCCUUUGCUCUCACUUUCCACACUGGGCACCAUAUUGGGCCAUGAAUUGGCCCAUGUGGUGGACACCACCACUUUGAGCAUGAGUUAUCCCAUAUUCGAGCAGGUUCUGCAGCAACCAGAAGUUGGACAGGCCAUGGCCUGUAUGCAGGGUCAACAUCCCACCUCGACCAUAGAUGAACGCAUAGCGGAUUUAUUGGGCGCUCGAGUGGCUUUUCAAACCUACAAACGGGAGUAUUCGUUGCGAUUACAACCUCAGUUUACCUCGAUUCCUUGGAAUCGCUUGUUCUUCCUAAAUUUGGCUCAAUUUUUCUGCACCAAAAAUCAAGAUUUUGAUAAUGAGCAUGAUUCGUCGCUGAUACGUUUAAACCAAAUUGCCAUGAAUUUGAAAGAGUUUUCCGAGGCGUUCCAAUGUCCACUGGGCAGUAAACUAAAUCCCGAGAGAAGAUGUCGAUUUUAUUAGACUUUUGAGUCAUUAGGAUAAGUUUUAAAAUUUUUAAUA